ACUCGCGCAGAUCAUGAGUUGCCACGUCGGCCUGAAAUCGUGAGCAUCCCUAAUUCACAUCAAUCAUGAAUGAUACAACUGACAAGAAUCCGCAGAUUCUUAUUUUAGUUCGGACAGCUUCAAGGAAGCAGAGCGCGUUCGAUUCAACAAACCAGAGAACACGAGCGAUUAUCUCGCGAUGUUGACUCACCCUGGAGUACCUCUUCAUCACCUAGAUCUGAAACAAAAUUGUAUUUGCGCCAUUCAACGAAACAUCUCGGUAGAAAAAGGACUGGUCAGAAAUGCUCUCGUGCAUGUCACCACACUCCACCGUCGAUUCGUCGAAAUCCAACUUCUCAAUACACACGAAAGCCACUGCAUCCCACGCAUCAACGUCUCAUUCCAUCCACACCGUUCUUCGUGGACAGUAAGCAGAAGGACUGACGCUGGCACACACAGUACUUGACCUGCGGACGGAUACAUUUGCUCACGGCUAAUUAUAUGCGGCGUUGUCCAGAGUGAGGGCACGAAGAGAUAUGCUGUGUUUAUUCGCAGAGACGAACGAAGAACAGGACUGUGC